CUGGCAAAAUAAGAAGAAGCACAGAUGAGUAAUGUUUUCAUUUUCUGUUGUGACAAAAACAAAUAGAAUUUUAUAAUAAAAACCGAAUUUUUCGACAACUUCUCAGAACUAAAACGAAAAACUAAAUAAUUAUAAUAUUAAGCUAUUAAUAGGAAAUAAAAUAAUUGAAAAUGGAUUGGCUUUUUGGCAAGAAAAUCUCACCCGAUGAGAUGCUACGCAAAAAUCAAAGAGCUCUCAACAAAGCCAUGAGAGAUUUGGACAGGGAGCGUAUGAAAAUGGAGCAGCAAGAGAAGAAGAUUAUAGCCGACAUCAAGAAAAUGGCCAAGGAGGGACAAAUGGAUGCGGUUAAGAUAAUGGCCAAAGAUUUGGUACGCACACGCCGCUACAUCAAGAAGUUCAUGCUAAUGAAGGCCAACAUACAGGCGGUGUCACUGAAAAUACAAACACUUAAAUCACAGAAUACCAUGGCCCAGGCAAUGAAGGGCGUUACUAAGGCCAUGCAGAAUAUGAAUCGUCAAUUGAAUUUACCACAAAUCCAAAAGAUUUUACACGAUUUCGAAAAACAAUCAGAAAUUAUGGACAUGAAAGAGGAAAUGAUCAACGAUGCUAUUGAUGACGCCAUGGAAGAUGAGGGCGAUGAGGAGGAGACCGAUGCCGUUGUCUCUCAAGUUUUAGAUGAAUUGGGCUUGCAAUUGGGCGAACAGUUAGGAGAUCUACCGACCGCCUCUGGUUCAUUAUCUAUAGCAGGCGGUGUAAAGAACACACCAGCUGCCGUAGCUGCUGGUGGUGCUAUUAGCAGUCCAGUCGCAGGUGGAGGCGGAGCUACUGGCGGUAGUGGUGGGUCUACUCCCAUGUCAGAUGCGGAUGCAGAUUUACAGGCUCGUUUGGAUAAACUACGACGAGAUUAAACUCGGAUUGGAAAUGCUUUUUGUUUUUAAAUAAUUUUUUGGAUUUUAUUUUAAUAAUUAUUUGGUAACUCAUUUGUCGAAUAAUCGCCACACAAAUAUAAAUAUGUAUAUUGAAAAGUUAAGUUUUUGUCUGCACUGCAGUGGAUUUUUUUAAAUAUGUAUGUCUGCUGGCUAGAAGACGUGUUCUUUAAUAAAAACUGCAAUAAAGUUUUUUAUUAUUUUUGAAAAAACACAA